UUGACUCAAAAGAAUGAUUCGUUGGCGAAUCGGACAGCGCUGCUGUUAAACCCGACUUGAAAGUUCUGUAGUUAGACAAUCGGCGUCGUUACCAACGACUAUAUCGGGGGAAACACACGAAUGUGGUCUAUUUCGCCAAACUGUGGACGGAGCCCGUGAGACUGCAGGUGAAGAGAGCAUGCGUUUAAAGCGCUGAGAGCGGGAGCUGGGUGGUUGAUAUGGCGAUGUCACCUGUGAGAGUAGAGUCUGCGUGAGCGGCGUGUGUUUGGAGACAUGUCUCGAGCCUCAAGGACCAAUAAACCCGACGUGAAAGUCGUUAUUCUGGGGGACAUGUACGUGGGAAAGACUUCUCUCCUCCACAGAUACACGGAGAGGAAGUUUAAGGACACUAUAAGCACGGUCGGAGGGGCGUUCUUCCUCAAACAGUGGGGACCCUACAACAUUUCCAUAUGGGACACUGCAGGUCGAGAGCAGUUUCAUGGCCUGGGCUCCAUGUACUGCCGUGGUGCGGCUGCAGUCAUCCUCACCUAUGACGUAACCAACUGGCAGAGCCUGGCUGAGCUGGAAAACCGCUUCCUGUCCCUGACCGACACUGCCAACACUGACUGCAUAUUUGCCAUUGUGGGUAACAAAGCAGACCUUACUGACGCUCUCGCUCAAGAGCCAGAACCAGAGAGCGAGCGAUGGGACGAAUCCCAGCCUGUGGUCACGUGUCCGACUCCUCCUGCCACAAAACAGGUCAGCAAAGAGGACGCCAUCGCCCUGUACGGCCGUGUGCUACGCUACAAAGGCCUGGAGGAGAAGGCCUGUCUGCCUGCUGAGAGGAUGUGCUUUGAGACAAGUGCAAAAACGGGUUACAAUGUAGACAUUUUGUUUGAAACCCUCUUUGAUCUGGUCCUGCCCUCCAUCCUGAAGAAAAGGAGUGAGGGAGAAAAUGCCACUGUGGAUCUGGAGAUGCCAAUGGAGGUGAAAAAGACUAAAACAGGAUGUUGUGCAGGACAAAUAUAGGAGAUGUGGGAUUGUAUUGUCAGUCAGUGCCAAAGGAGGAAUGGAUAAAAAUCAUACCUAAAACUAAUGCUAUU